GGCAAUAGAUGUUCGCUCAGGGCCAAUCUUCCUCAUGAAAAUCUUUUUUAAAAAAAUUUGAGGACAAAUGUUGAAAGACCUAUUUCAAUUUGCCUAUGAAUGGUUUGUUAAUGUGGAGAACGAUGGGCUAACAUAUCAACCAGAUUUAGAAUAAUUAUUAGUGAAGGAUCGAGAUCAUAUGAAUAGAUUGAAUGCUAUGACUUCUCAAUCUAAAAAAGGUUCACCAGUGGCACUUCAAUGACAUCAAUUCUUUACCCUCCCUGCACUGUAGAAUCCUCCAGGAGUAGCUUUUAAAAAAUACUGAUGCCUGGGCCCUAUUCCAGACCAAUUAAAUCAGAAUCUAUGGGGAAGGGAUGGGGAGAGGUGAGGCCUCAGCUUCUGCUUAUUUUAACAGCCUCUGAGGUGACUCUCCUGUGCAGCCAGCUUAAGCACCAUUGCUCUAUGACAUAUGACAAGCUGUUUGAGUCACCUGCUAUUGUUGACAUCACAGGAAGUUCAUGUUUGCUUCCACACCCUUGGCGGCUGGUCUUCAGAGGAAAUGAAAGCUUGGCACUGUCCUUUUAUCUCUUGUUCCCAUCUCUUAAAGCUCCACCGUUAGGAUGCACUGUUUUAUUUAUAAAAGCAGUUGCCACCUGUUUUCUUUCCAUAAUUUGUAGCCGUAUAUUGCUUAGAGCAAAGGCCAGAAAGUUAUAUAACUUACAAAUUUGUUAGUUAAAAUUUGGGGGCACGGGGGUAGUACAUGUGGAAUUUUGGGAUCCGUUGCUUGGCAACUUUAAGAGAGUUAAGCUUCUGCAUUCUGUGAACUGUCAGAGUUACAGAGUUGGAUGAGCCCAGUCAAUUACUUCUUGCUACUAGAAGGAAAUUACUUCUUCAUUAUGCAGAGGACUUGAAAUUUGUCGUUCAGAGCAGGCCCUCCAUAGCGAUGUCACACUUCUUCUACUUGACUCCACAAAUUCUUCUGCCCUUUAGCCCUCUUACUUCUCAAGAGUUUGAGGUGAUCAGACGCAAGGCUGGAGCAUCUUGGCAGAAUGAAACAAGAUGGUCAGAUUCUUCUGUAACAACAUAUGCGGGCAGUUACCGGAAAAAACAGCUGGAUGAGUCCACGUGCAACCGAUUUUCUUAUAAAACAGGACAGCACUGGCCUGAGUGUAACCAGGUGUCAUCACCAAAAUGCCCUGCCUGCAGUCCCACGGUCUGCAAGGCUGGUCCCCAGGAGACCACAAGUGCUAGAGGACUAUUACCUCAUAUAAGCAGCUCCUUUAAAGAGCCAUUUGAUGUCAAGCACGGAGUGGCACACCAAAUUCUGUUUGGUGAUUUUUCUCCAGCAUCUCCAAAUUACAAAAAAUCAUAUGUCAGAAUUAAAAAGCCAGCAUAUGAGAACUUGAUGAACUACAAUCGACAAAAGAAACACUUCCUGAAGCGUGUAAGAAUCCUUCUACUUGUCGCCCAACAGUGGAUCCCUGGGGUAGUGUCAGUACAGAGUUAUUCUGCAAGCAAGGUUAGCUCGUCUGAAGACUCAGAAGCUGAUCAAUACGCCGCCGUUUACACUGUGGGAGGGCCGCUACCGUCAUUUAUCUGAGUCGGAAAACGAAGCCACAAAGCUGGAGGCCCGGAGUUUGCUUAAUCAACGACUGUGAGCUCCUACCAAUGUGAGCAGGAUUUACACUUUCCUGUUUCACAGAUCCACUUAUCAGGAAAGAAUUGUGAAUGGGGAUCUCCUGCUUCAUAAAGAAGAAAUCUUGACUGAGAAGUAAGACCGUUCAGACCCUGGACAGAGGAAGAACGGGCCCCUCCAUCCCCAGAGUCAUUUAAUGUCCUCUCAUUUCAUUUGCCCCUGGGCCUUGCUUUGUGGGCAUUUGCUUGCUUAGUUUAUUGUAGUUAUUUGCAAAAUAAACUUUAAUUUGUGUGGAACUCUUCUGUUUUGAGAGAGUGGUGUAGUAAGAAUGUUGGCUGGCUCUCUUGAAUGUUUGUGGUUGAUGGCUCCCUAGAAUGGAGUCUGAAUCACCAAGGCUAUCCUUGCAUCCUUGAUUUUGCUCACAGGUUCUAGGGUGCAUUGGGAAGGAUUCUGGUUUUACAUUCUCUGUCUUCUGGAACCAUUGCAGAUAAAAUCAUUCAGCUGCUAUCCCCUUCCGUCCCUCCCUACCAUUUUAGGUGCACUGAGCUCUUCUUGGCUCUCCUUCUUCCCCAAGGGCCGAAAGCGCUGAGAUGACUCGAUUUCUGUGUUUUGGCAGCUGAUGAGGUGUGCCUUCCCCUUCAAAUUGUUCACAAGCGCUUCAUGACCUUUGGCAGGCAAGAGUUCUAAUAUGAUGCUUCUGACUGUGGGUAAGGAUAGGCAUGUGCUCGUCAAGCCUUGCUGUCUCCUUGUUCCCCUGUGACCAGUGCUGAAGCUCUGUUAAAUGGUCAGGGACAGUUUUUGGUGGUCACUAAAUGGGGUCAGUCAGCUGUAGACACAUUACAGAAAACAUGGCCUGAGUCUUAACGUAAAAUGUCUUUACUUAACACAACAAUAGGAAAAGUAUGUAUGAUCUUGGACUAAAUUCAAACAGGGCCAUGGUACUGGCUUGGAGAUGCCCAGGUGUACAUGUAGCGCUCUCCAGGGAAGCGAAGAUGGACGAGGAUGUGGUCUGUCCCGUCAUGGAUGGCUCUGAUGCCAGGCAUUCCUCAGUCACUGGAAGCCCAUUAACAGGGGAAACGAUGAUCACACUGGUGAAUAUUUUCUUCAUGUUUCUAGCUUUUCUCAACCACAGGGAAAAUGUGAGGUACAUGUGGAAUUGAAGGGGAAUAAAGUAUGUAUACAAAAUGAGAAGAUACUGUUGCUUGUAGUGCUAACAAAAAGCAAAGAAGUUUGACUUAUUUUAGUAUUUUCAGUAAAUAUCAGCCACCCCCAAACUAAACUGGAAUAUGAAUCAAGUGAGAGAACUUGAUUCAUUCACCUAAAAAAUAGCUAUUGGAUGAAAAAAGGAGGAAAAUUGUGUCUGAUUAGUGACUUGUCAUUUUUGAAGUGGCUUCUCCUACAUUAUCUCAUUUUGUAAAAAGUAAAUUUGAUCUUUUUGAAUGUUAGAGUCAAGUGGUUCAUAGUUUCUUGUAAUAAGCAAGGGAUAUUAUAAGCAUGCAAGUUGUGAACCAGGCAAAAAAUUCUCUUUUGUUGCUUUAUAUAUUUUACCCAUCAUCACAGAUCCAUGGGGAAUGUUUAUAACUUUAAAAUAGAUUUAAAAAAAUUUUUGUUUGAACUUUCAGUGUGCUUUUCAUCUCUUUUUUUUUUGGCCUCAGUCUGUUUCUCUGGUAUCUUCCUUUGAGUGGUGAGGUAUUGCUUGCAUUUGGAUAGAUUAUUAUCUAGUUUGCAAAAUAUACCACUUCCCCCCUCAUUAAAAUCUCAUAGGACCCAGCCCCGUGGCCCAGUGGUUAAGUUCACACCUUCUGCUUCGGCAGCCCGGGGUUUGCCAUUUCAGAUCC